AUGGAAAUAACUGAUCCGCGACAAUUAAAUACAGAUGUAGAAGAAGAAGCUCAUGACGUUAACUCUGAAGAUUCUGAUAUAAGUCAUGAAUACGAUGUUACAUCUAAAUGCAAUCAGAGAGAUGAUUAUUUAGAAAUGCAAUUUCAACAUGGGGCAGAAAACAACAUAAUAGUACAAUAUAUGAGAAGUAAGAUGGGUGUAGAAAAUAUUCUGAGUCAAGAAGUUUUAAGUCAGCGUUGGAAUCGAAGAAAAUCUAUGCUUAAACCUUUGACGGCAUUUGAGUUGCUUGAUUUUCUGCGUUUGAGUGAAGACCAACUCAAGAUUUUCUUUACGGGUUCUUAUCAAUUUUCACAGGCUUUAUCUUACUUGGCCGAACUAUUAGAUGAGCAAAAUAAUCUAUCCAUACAAUAUGUAAAAUCAGCACCAAACAUAAUUAAAGCAAAAGUGAAAUCAAAACAUAAAAACAGUAAAGUCUAUCGUAUUUACAUUGACUACAUUUCUAAUGGUACUGAUUAUAACAGCAUUCAGCGUUAUUGUUGCGAUUGUCCUAAUGGUAACCGCAAAGUGGGAUGCUGUUCUUAUGUAGCAGCCAUAAUAUAUUAUUUGUCAUACGGGCGAUAUUUGUCUAAAAUUUUGCGUCCUCCCGGGUGA